GAACACACACAAACACGAACACACACACACACACACACCUCAACCCCGCAGCCACGGUGCGCACCGCGCGGACGUGUGUGUCUCCGUAUAAAGACCGUGAGCGCGAGCGAAGUUCAGCGUCAACGUCAACACGGAUCCUGAAAGGAUUGGGUUUCACUUCCAGACGAACGGAGGAGCCGAGUGUGAAGCUCGUGUCGCGUGAAUGGCCCUGAGUAAAAGGAAGAAACGCCUGAUCCUGCUUCUGUAUGCACUGUCUGCAGCCCUCCUGACCACCAUCGUGGUGGUCCUGAUGGUGGUCCUGAUAAAUCAACAGAAUGACUUCAGACACACGUUCAUCAGCAGGUGUGAGGGCUUUGAAGGAUAUGACUGCAAAAAGUUAUGGAAGGUGUUCCAACAGGCCUACGUAGGGAAGAGCGCCUGUAAGGUUCCCGUGGAGGCCUAUGACCCUCUCCUGGCUGAAGCCCCGAUCCAACCAGCAUGCAACAGAAUGAUGUUCUGGAGCAGAUCGAAGCAGGUGGUCCAUGAUUUCACAGAGAAGACAGAUUGUUUCAUCACCCUGGAGGACACUCUGUUGGGAUCUGUCCUAGACGGACUGAGCUGGUGUGGAAAAGAGAACAGCAAAGAAACGUUCACCAACAACUGCCCAGGUUGGGACGAGUGUGAGAACAACCCAGUUCGCUCAUUCUGGAAGAAGGCCUCAGCUGAGUACGCCCAUGCUGCCUGUGGUGGUGUCACAGCCAUGCUGAAUGGAUCCAUCUCCCCGCCCUACAACUCCAGCAGUAUUUUCGCCAGCGUCGAGGUCCCGAGACUAAACUCCACCAGAGUGAACAGCCUGACAGUUGUACUGGUUACACAGGAGAACUCAGUGUCAAACUGCACCAAUGGGUCAUUUGAGGUUUUACAGAAAGAUCUGGAUGAAGGCAUUAAAUAUAAGUGCAAGGAGGUGGCGCUUUCUUGGCUCCAGAAAUGUGGCUCCAAACCCAAUCCAACGUGUGGUCCCUGUUGGUAGAACAACAGAGCAGAGAGUUUUUGUUCAAUAUUUUUAUAUGUUUAUCUGAUGAAUCUUUGUAAAUACUGCAUUCGACGAGCCAUAUAUUUAUACGAUAUGGGUUUGAUCAUUUUGAUACUUCUGCACCAGUGACGAAAAACAAGUCCUUAAUGAAUUGUUACUUUACUUUGGUAUGAUAUAGUACAGUAAUCCAUGUGGAAACUGACUGUAGCAUAGGGUAAUAAAUAAACAAGUUUAGUUGGAGUUUGAUCACGAGUGAACUUAAAUACAGUGUCAUUAUGAUAAAAGUUGGAUUCAAAGUUAGAGUAAAUAUAGUUGUUUUUUUUUUUCUGACAAUGUCACAUUGAAAGGAUUUUGUCAGUGACAUUGAGUUCUGUGAAUGUCAUUUGGGGCAAUAAUUAUAUAUAUAUAUAUAUAUAAACUGCAAUAACAUUUUUAUUGUCCCUCUCAAUAUUUUUUUCUGAUCCGAUAAUUAUUGUUAUAACUUUUCAUUUUCCAUUUUCUCCAGCUCUUUUUUUGUUUCAGCUGAAACUCAAACCUUCUUCUCCCUCAGGAAGAUGUGUGUAAAUAAGAAAACUGUGAAACCACUGUACAGGCUUAGAAUAAUAAUAAUAAUAAAAAAAAUAAAAACAAUAAUAAACACCUUUUGUUGAAAGCC